GACAACGAACACGAGAGGGCAGCAUCACGAUUACCUGUAGUGACACAGUCCAGAAGAAAAAGAAGAAAAAGAGCCGGAAGCAAAAAUAGGUAGACUGGGGAGCUAAAAUAUGUUUGCCAUUUUAUAGAAAUAAGUUUUUCUUUGCAAUUGAAUUAUCACCAUAAGCUAACCAGCAGAGAUGGAGGCUUUUGGAGCGGACGAUAAUCCUGAUGUGCCGGGGGCAGUGGCAGUAGAAGCGGGUCCUGCUGGACACGAGACUUCUGCCAAGCCCGUUUCAGUUUUGCUGGAAGAAGCUGUCCAGUUCAAAACUAAAGGAAAUACUUUCUACAAGCAGAAAAACAUUCGCUCUGCCAUUGGUCAUUACCACCGCGCCCUGCUGGUGCUCCGAGGCCUCGACUCCACUGUGAUGGCACCAGUGAAAGGGUUUGGACCUGAGAAACCUCCUCUCACACUGGAACAGGAGGCUUUGCUUAGAAACACACAAGUGGACUGCUACAACAACCUAGCUGCCUGUUUGCUGCAGAAACAGAAGGUGGAUUCCACUCGGGUCUUGGAGUACAGCCUGCGGGUGCUGCAGUGGCAGCCAGGCAACGUCAAGGCGCUGUACCGGGCAGGGGUGGCCACUCUGGAGAUGGGAGACGCACAGACAGCCAAACAAUACCUCACCCAGGUCUGCAAAGAGCUACCAAAUGAUGCUAAUGUGAGGAAGCACCUGCAGAGGGCAGAGGAGAAGCUAAACCGGGAGCUGCAGAAAGAGAGAGCCAUGUAUCAGGGCAUGUUCUCCUCCAGCUCAAAGGACGGCACAGUGGAGAGAGUUAACCCGCCAAACAGAGCCGGUGAUGGAGUUUAGAAGGACUCAGUGUGCCAAACGAAACCUCAACCUCAGCCAGGCUGGACCACCUGAGAGGAAAAUACACUUGUUGAACUGUAAUGCCGACAGGUUUUUGAGUUUGAAGGAGAAAUAGGAAUGUAGAGGUUUCUGCAGAUUACAGACCGCUGGGAAGCAGUGAGCAGGACAGUAAACAUGUCAUGGCUGAAAAUAGAAAGAAGAGGACAGAAGAGUUAGUUUCCUAGCAACAUGAAAAUGAAGAAAGUCAAGUAAUCUGUGCUCAUGAACGUCAAAGUGAUUCUUUAUGCACUACCAAAAUGCCUCUGAUUGUCUUUUCAGUAAUAGUAAUGUUGGUUUUUGAGUUUUCCUGAAAUGUUUUAUUUAAAAAUCGAGUUUGUUUGUUUUUUUCAAAUAAAAUGCACAUAUUUUAGACACAUAUCAUUUAUCAGCUUAUUUUAUUUCUCAUAUGCCACAAAUUAUUCUUAUACAAUGCUUCAUUGUUUUAAUAAUUCAAUAUUCAUUUCAAAGUCCUGAGCAAAAUAUCAAGUUAAAGAGUAUUUGCUUGGUUUUGGUCAUCAUCUGGCCAAUAUGAUUGUACUUCAGAGGCUGUAUUGCCAAUUAUUAAAGAGUAUCACAUCCUCACAACAGCUAUUAUCACUGAACGAGUCACAGAGCAGCAUGCAGAGCGGGGAGUAUGUGUGCGCACAUUCAUUCUCAUGGUUACAGGGGAGUUGGAGCUUUAUGCAACUAAGCUUUUUAUAUCCAGUAAUGAGUUAAUAUUCAGAAUGAUGAAACUGAACCACAAAAGCUUCCCAGAGUUGAUUCUUUUCGCCUGAUUUUGUUGAAACAUCAAAAACCUCCAGUAAAAACACAGAUUUAAAAUAUUCUAUAUUUUCUCCAUUUCACUGUUUUUUUUUGUUUUUUUUUUAAAUAGUUAUUCAGUCAGUAUUCACAAACAUAUGAAUUGGUUAUUCAGAUAACUCUGGGCAAAGAUGCUUUAAUAUUUUUAUUGCAGUAGCACAGUUCUAUUCUAAAAGAUAAGAAAAAAACCAUUCUUCAAUGUGAUUUACUUUAUUAAAUAAUUAGGUUAACUUGUGGUGCUUUUUGUAAAUCAUUUCUGAAUUUAAACAAUAUUACUUUUAGAAAUAAGUUUACAGUUUGAAACUUUGCUGGUACAUUUGUUGGUUUCCCCAAAAAUCAAUUACAUUUAAGCAUAUAUCAUUUUAUACUAAUUUUUAUUUUUAUGCUGAUCAAGUGUUCUAAGAGCCUCUUAAUGCAAAUGCAUCACCUAUUUUUCUAAAUUAUAAACACAAAAUGUUUUGCGAAUCUUUUGUUUCUUUUACCAGCUCAACAAAUUAGUCCUGCAAUAUUUUGGUGAAAAUCACUAGAAUGAAAACAUAAAAAUAGUUUCAUGGGUUUGUUUUAUUAAACAAAAGCCAUUAAGUUUCCAAAUAUCUUUGGUAGUUCCACUGAUUUUUACUUUCUGAACUGUUUUCAGCGUAAAGGAAAAGAUUUGGGUAACUUUUCCUUAUAUAUAAUGUUAUAACAUAUAACAUUAUGAUUGUUAUAUAAUCUUUGUGUUCUAUACAGAUUAUAUAAUAUAUUUUCAUGUUUCCCAUUAAAAUACAUUAAUUUGUCGAAAAAUUUUUCCAAUUUAAAAUGAAAAGUUGAUCUGCAUCAACCGCCUAAAAUAGCCGGACAAAUAUGCAUCUUCCUUCUCCAAUAUUCAAUUUAAAUGUUUGGUGUGAAAUUGUGCUGCUGCAAUAAAGGUUUUACUCACCGUUACCAGGAGUCCCAACAAAUAAGUUUACUGAUCCAAAACACAAGCUGCGUUUCUGUUUACCAUAUAAUUAUGCAACUUGACUUUCUGAAAAUAAAUUUGCUUAAUGGAAACACAUCAAUUUUGAACAAACUCAUUUGUUGAUAAGUUUUGCCGCUACAAUAGUUUUUUUUUUUUUUUUUUUUGGUCGUAUCUAAAUUGGUUUAUCUCACAAAACUGAAAUAGAGAUACUUUAUUCGCAUCACACCAGUCACAUGAUCAAAAACCGGAUGUUGCCACCAGCACAAACCACGAAGAAGAAGAGGAAGAGGAAGAGGAAGUGGUUGGAUGAUCAAGGUGCGGGAAGUUUUUUAAUGACUUAUGUGAACAAACUUAUCCAUGUGUGAUUUUAAUUGCCUUUCUUAUUUAACAGAAUAAAUAAGAAAGAGAUUGUGUUUUUUGAAUAUUCGAAGAAUAUCAAAGGUUCUGCGAACAUUUGUAAUGGAAACGCAGUUACUCUGAGCUUCACAGUAAUCCAUUAGCAUUUUGUGGCUUUUUCCUUUAGUUUGUGAGGAUAACAAAAGUGGCAAUAUUGGUUCAAAUUUACCAGAUUAUUAGUAGAAGGAAUGAAGAUAUUGUAAUGGCAAGUUGGAAAGACUUUAUGUGCCAGAGAGGACCUUUCAUGUAGAUCCUAAAGGCAGCAUCAGAGAUCUGAAUAAUCAGCAAACAAAA